AGAAGAAGAAGAGGAAGAGGAAGAAGAAGAAGAAGAAGAAGAAGAAGAAGAAGAAGAAGAAGAAGAAUCAAUGGCUUCCGCCACAGCGACGACAUCGCCGCGCCAUCUCUCAUCACCAGUAGUCUGUCGCUCUCUCUCUCGUCUCUCUCCAUUCCACCUCUCCGUUUCAUCUGGCUCUAAGCCCGCCGUUCAUCCUCCAUGCCGUAGCAAGAGAAGGCACGGCGGCGCUGCAAUCCGGUGCGCGGCGGUAGGGGCGGCGAAAGAGGCGGAGACGAAGAAGAAAAGCACGUUUCAGAUUGAGACGCUGACGAAUUGGCUGCUGAAGCAGGAGCAGGCCGGAGUGAUCGACGCGGAAUUGACGAUUGUGCUUUCGAGCAUUUCGAUGGCGUGCAAGCAAAUCGCGUCGCUGGUGCAGAGGGCUAGCAUUUCGAACUUGACCGGAGUUCAGGGCGCCGUCAAUGUUCAAGGAGAGGACCAGAAGAAGCUCGACGUCGUCUCCAAUGAGGUGUUCUCCAAUUGCUUGAGAUCAAGCGGGCGAACAGGGAUUAUAGCAUCGGAGGAAGAAGACGUGCCAGUAGCCGUAGAAGAGAGCUACUCCGGCAACUACAUCGUCGUAUUCGACCCACUCGACGGCUCCUCCAACAUCGACGCUGCCGUCUCCACCGGUUCCAUCUUCGGCAUCUACAGCCCAAACGACGAGUGCUUCGCUGACAUCAGCGACGAUUCCACUCUGAGCUCGACAGAACUGAGGUGCGUGGUGAAUGUGUGCCAGCCAGGAAGCAACCUCCUCGCCGCCGGCUAUUGUAUGUACUCAAGCUCCAUAAUCUUCGUGCUCACGCUCGGAAAUGGCGUAUUUGCGUUUACUUUAGACCCAAUGUACGGGGAAUUUGUGCUGACGCAAGAGGACAUCAAAAUUCCCAAGGCUGGGAAGAUUUAUGCCUUCAAUGAAGGGAAUUAUCAGCUGUGGGAUGAUAAAUUGAAGAAGUACAUUGAUGAUUUGAAGGAUCCUGGCCCCAGUGGGAAGCCAUACUCUGCUAGAUAUAUUGGUAGUUUGGUGGGUGACUUCCACAGAACCUUGCUUUAUGGUGGCAUUUAUGGGUACCCCAGAGACAAGAAGAGCAAGAAUGGGAAGCUGAGACUUUUGUACGAGUGUGCACCCAUGAGUUUCAUUGUGGAACAAGCUGGAGGCAAAGGCUCUGAUGGCCAUCAGAGAAUUCUUGACAUCCAACCAACAGAGAUCCAUCAACGUGUGCCUCUGUAUAUUGGGAGCGUGGAAGAAGUGGAGAAAGUGGAGAAGUAUUUAGCUUGAUUUUGGUUGAUUUGAGAUGAAGAAUAAGAUAUAAAGGGAUUGAGACGUAGGACUAAACACCUUCAAAGCAACAUAAUAAAUCAACCUCCUCGAUUGAUUUUCAUAAAUUAUGAUCGCACCAAAUAUACUUGGAAAAAUUUGUUUCUAACCAAGCCAAUUGGUUCAUUCCUCCAUGUGAUCCUUACUUUUUAUGAGAUAACUUCCAUUACUAUGA